AGGAUGUCCAAUGCACCCAAAAGGGCUCACAAAACCCCGGAUGAUGAUUUUGUUGAUAGACUAAGUGAUUUACCGGACGGUGUUCUUUGCCAUAUUUUAUCAUUUCUUGAUACAAAAUAUGCGGUGGCCACUUCUGUUUUAUCAACCAGAUGGAAGAACCUUUUCCUUUUUCUCCCUAACGUUGUUCUUGACGAUUCUUUAACUCGGAAAAGGAGGAAUAAGAAGGUUUUGCUGGAGUUUGCAAGGUUUGGUCUUAAACAAAUUAUGCUUCGAGAUGUACCUCAUAUCAAUCAAUUUCAUCUCAGAUGCAGUUUCAAUUUUGAGGAGCCUGCAAUCCAAAUGCUAGUAUGUGCUGCAAUUUGGCGAAAUGUUAAAGAGAUCGAUAUUUGUGUGAGAAAAGGUGCACUAGCUAGAACAUUACCGCCUGAAGUUUUCACGUCUAGUACAUUGGUGGUCUUGAAGCUAAGAGGAUAUAUGGAGUUAAAUGUCCCGGAGCUGGUCUCUUUACCCAAUCUAAAGGUUCUGAUGUUAGGAUUUUUCAUCUUACCAAGUGAUGAUUCCAUGAGAAGAUUGUUUCGGGGUUGUAAGCACCUUGAAGAUUUGUCGCUAUCUAACUGCAACUUUUGGCUUGUUGAAGUUCUGGAUCUUUCUAUUCCUUUGCUUAAGAAACUUUCUUUCAACUAUCCUUGUAGUAUUGUGGAAACUAAACUUGUCAUCGAUACACCAAAUCUGGAGUUUCUUGAUUAUCAUGGUUAUGUAGCUAAAUUCAACUUGGUGAAGAAACUAAAGUCUCUUGUUGGAGCAAAAAUUUCUUUUGUAACUGCACCGAAACUAAAGCUUCCUUUCGUGGAAGAUCAUCGGGAGAAUGUAUCAGAGUUCAUCAACAAGUUGCUUGCAGUCAAGUCACUUUAUUUAAACAUAGACACUCUUGAGGUAAAGACUAAGCUUCACGAUCCGUUUGGAAAAUCAUUCUAG